AUGACCGACUACAACCCGGCAGGCCUCGCCCUGACUUGCACGCAGUUGCGGCAGGAUUAUCUGAAGCUGUUCUGUGCGAGCAACAGCUUCGUUGUGCAUGUUGUGCCUGAGCAGGCGGAGGAGAGCAUUGCGGCGUUGGUGAGGGGGUUUGGGAGGGAGAAUGUCAAGAUCAUUAAGAGCGUCGUCGUGGAUGUGGAUUUGGGGACUUAUACCGAGAAGGACAUGGAAAACUACCGACGUGAGAGGUUCGAGGGCAACAUGGUCAAGUCCAGGUUCGAGGCCAUCAUGAAGAGCCUCUUCCACGAGGACAUGCUAGGAUUUGCAAGCCUGCUGGCUACAUGCGAGAAGGCAUUUCUCAAGAUGCGCUUUACCAUCGAGGGAGCCUGGCUCGGCGGUGAGCAAGAGAUAGCCUUCGACUUUCGUGCGACAGAGAGAUCGAUGAGACAUGAGCACGCUCGGCUUUCACAUGAGUCGAUGAGCAAGGUGUUUGUCGACCCUGAUUGCCCUGAUCACGAGAUAAUCUAUCAGAUGGUCCGAUUCUUGCGGAGUGAGUGGCAUCACGCGGCUUGUCUGAGGAAGAAACUCUCAGCGCAAGAUUGA